GCGAGAACUGGAAUUAACGGAAAUUAGGCUGUAACGGCGGUAAAAACGGGUGAACUACGAAGAGAGGGGGAAAUUUGAAUAAAAUUGUAAUCGAUCAGGAAUAAAGAGAAGAGAAUAAACAAUAUAAAAAGAGGAGGAAGAAAAAGGGAGAAACAGAAGGCGCGAAGAAACAGGCGACGGACUUCUUAUUUUCGGGCAGCCGUAAAAACGACUGCGAAAUAAACGCCGUCGUACCUGACGUUGUGUUGUGCUGUUCUCUCUCUACACGUUGACGACCCCGCCACCUCGACGCGCGAUUACUACUGCCAAAAUGGAAGAGCAAAGCGUGCACAGCAGUACCAGUGAUAUAAAUAGUGAAGAGGCGGCCGCCACCGAACCUCUGAUCAUACCGAGAAAAAAACGAAUAUGUCUCGUCGGAAGUACAGGAGAAGAUCCGGCCCUUGGAGCUGCUGCUCAACAGUUCAGCGUUCCUGUACUGAAGUCAGAACAAGGGACGGAGUACGUCGAAGACACAACUUACUGCACCUAUUACAUACUAAGCAAAUUCGAGGGAGCAGAUUACGACACUCUCCACAAAACAGCUCACAGAAUACUAGGACCAACGGCGCUUCUCCAGCUGGCGGAGAAGAAAGAGUCCCUGCCAAGUAUCAACAGGCCGAUGUACACCCAAUCGAUGCUGGGAACGAUUGUUGUUUUCACCGGUUUUAGAAAAAAGGAAGAAUUGACCAGACUGAUAAACAUGAUUCACAACAUGGGUGGCAGCAUAAGGAAGGAUAUGGGAAACAAAGUGACACACCUUAUUGCCAAUUGCUGUGGGGGAGACAAAUACAGGUAUGCCAUUACCUUUAGGAUUCCAAUUAUGUCCUCGGAUUGGGUGCUUGAACUUUGGAAUGCGAGGGACGACGUUGCGAGCAGCAGUUCCAACGACAAACUGAUCGCAGAUUACAAACUUAAGCCAUUCUUUGGAGCGAAGGUGUGUUUCUUCGGUUUUCCCGACGACGAAAAGACGCACAUGUACGAAGUGCUUCAGCAACAAGGCGGGGAACCGGCUGAAAUCGACGAUCCAAACUGCACGCAUGUGGUGACUAACAAUGAUGGCGGCCAGACGAGUACUUUGGAUAAAUCGAGAGCCUCUUGGUAUCGAUCAUACUCAAAACAAGAGUUUAGAUCGCUGACCUCUGAAAGAUCAUGUGACAUUGAAUCAAGCCAGAACUUUUCAUUUGUCUAUUACAACCCUUACACAAAUGAGAAAAUACCAAACUCUUGUCCGAGUUCAAUAUCUUCAAUACAUUCGCAGCGCUGUUGCAACUGCCUCUGUCAUUUUUGCUUCUGCAAUUACAACUGCGAAAAAAAUUCAACCAUGGUCAGGCGCAAAAGGCGGGCUGAUGAUUCUUCGUCUUCGCCUCGAGAUGAUUCGACAAUGGAAAAAUUCUGCGUCACAGGAUUUCCCAAAACCUCAAAACAUUGCCAGCGACAUCGCGCGCCCAAACAUCCUCGAUAUGAUUCUGCCAUAUCUUUGAACGACAGUUCAAUCGACGGAGGCGGAAAUUAUCAUUCGGAUGACUCUGGUUAUUCAGCAUUGAAUUCUUUGGGAUCAAGCAUGUUGAAUUUGACCCAACUCUCUCUUUCUCAGGCUUUUGAUAAUCCCACCAAUCUUAGUUUCGCCUCGAUUCGCUCUCCAUCUCGGAUUUUUUCCACUGUCAAAAAUUUGUCCAAGCAGUCUAGAAGAUUUCUUACUCCCAGGCGAUAUGUUUUAUUGAAAAGACACAGCUCUUGUGUCUCUGAAUCGACACAAACUGCGAGGCUCUAUUCGAAUCAGAAUAAAAAAAUCUUCAGAAUCUAUUCCCACCCAAAUUUAUCCCGGAAUUCUUGCUCCGAGGAAUCGCCCCGUCUAUUACGGAAGAACAACAGUUUUUCAAGUCUACGUGACAUUGGCAACAAUUCUUAUACCUCUUGGGCUUUCAAUGUCUACCCUAAACGGGAUAAAAUUCAGAAAAAUUCUUGCUGCUGCUGUUGCAGCAGAGAACGAUAUCUUGUGAAUUAUUUUCGUCGUAUGUUUGGCAUAAAAUUCUAUUCUGGUCUAUUUGAAUCAAAAUCAAGUCUGCGAAAUGGGGCUGCGAAAUGUACAAGCUCGGUUCCAUCAGCAUUCAGCUAUUCAAAUGACCUUAAAAAUCGGGCAAACGGAGCUGGCGAAAAAACGAAGAGGGAUCACGAGAAGCCAGACAAUUCGGUCGUCGAUGAAUCCAACGUCAAUUCGCUGCCUGACUUGGCCUCUGUGAGAGCCCACAUAGUAAAGGCUGAAUGGUUUUGGACCUCGGUCCAAAAUGAAGGCGCCGCAUAUGAGAAAGAUUACCUCUUCGAAGAUUAUUUGGAGUCUGUAAUGUCCCCGAUGGCGAUGGCGAGGAGGGACAGUCAGGCAGCAACGCCUAGAACCGCUUCGACGAAAAGAAAGCGCAAGAGAAUGGCCGAAACUUUAUGUAGUCUGGUACAAAACGGUGCUGAUUCGCCGGCAGUUCAUAAACGACGGUCGAGUAUCAGUGACGCUGGUCAUCUCAGCGUAAGUGGCAGCUUUCUUGACUGCACUUCGAGUCCCGACAAACAAUUGGAUGCAAUUCCAGAGGUUGAAGCGGUGAGCACAGAAGCGGGAAGGAAAAAUCUCUCGCCUAGGCAUCAAGUUUUCCUUGAGCUAGUUACAACGGAGUCAAACUACGUGGGAAUCCUCAGUACGAUUAUGACGCUGUUCAAAGAACCGCUUGAGGACUUGAUAGAAAUGAGCGGCGAAUUGUUGAACAGCACCGAAGCGAAGAUAAUAUUUGGCAACUUUCCACCGAUUUACGAAGUGCAUAAAAAGAUGCUCGAGGAGCUCAGGUAUAACGCUUCUCACUGGGCAGAAGACGUCAGCAUAGGGAAUAUAUUUUUAAAGUACGCGCCUGACUUGGUCAAGGCAUAUCCGCCGUACGUUAAUUUCUUCGAGAAUACAAAGGAAAUGCUCGAUCAGUGCGAUCAGAACAAACCGCGCUUUCACGCCUUCCUCAAAAUAUGCCAAACCAAGCCCGAAUGUGGCAGGCAGAGCCUUAAGGAACUUCUUAUCAAGCCUGUUCAGAGGCUACCCAGUAUUAGCUUAUUGUUAAACGAUAUUCUUAAGCACACAAGUAAAAGCAAUCCUGACCACAGUGCGUUGGAAUUGUCGAUAAGUAGUAUAAAAGAAGUAAUGACUUAUAUAAACGAGGACAAGAGAAAAACGGAAGGGCAAUUAGUGAUGUUUGACAUAUUUAACGACAUUGAUAAUUGCCCAGCUCAUUUAGUAUCUUCACAUCGUUCUUUCAUUGGCAAAUGCGAAGUGAUGGAAUUGGGCGAAGGUUUGAGCGGGCGAGGCGAUCAUCUCGUCCUGUUCCUCUUCACCGACACUUUGGAAAUAUGCAAGAAACGCUCAAAAGCUUUCAAUUCCCUGAAAAGUCCGAAGGAAGCCAAUGGUCUUCAUCCCACUAAACUUAGCCAAGGAAAACCGUACAAACAUAUAAGAAUGCUCUCCCUUAGCACGAUAAAAAAGGUCGUCGAUAUUCGCGAAACUGACGAAUGUCAGAAGGUGUUCGCGCUGAUGGUGAGAAGUAAUCAAGAGUUGAAGGAGAAAUUAUUUUCAUUUACGAUAACUGACGAGGAAGUAAAUAAAACUAAUUAUCUCAGAACACUCUGCCGGCAAAUGGCUAAUUCCGUUUGCAAAGCAGACGCAGACACAUUUUUAAUCAGUUUGGAUUCUCAUCAGCUUGAAAUUGACACGAGCGACGUAGCCUUAGGAACUUUAAGUAAAGCAUUUAAGAGCCUAUUUCAUAACUUUUACCUGGAGUAUAUGGACCCGUAUGUGUUCCUACUCAAUAGCAUGUGUGAAACCACGUUACAUGUCCCACUGCCGUUUGCUUCACGUACAAGGAUGAAAGUCGGAAGGGCAUUUAGCUUUAACAAAACGCCGAGUAAAUUGAAGAGGGCAAUGUCGACGAUGAUGUCGCCGUUUGGAUCGACCAACAGUCUCACGCCUGCCAGCCAACAACUUGCCCAGAUGCGGUUAGCCAGCUGUAAUAACAUUAACGAAUUGGGUAACGGCGGAUCAGGAUCGCCGACGAGAGACGAAGUAUUGGUAGCUCCUAUGUCUGUGCAACCCACGAGAAAGGCGAAAUGCAGUUCACUCAGCAUGGCGUCGUUGAGAAGAAACUGUUCAGAGGAAGUUGUUCAGGACAAGUCCGAGCUCUGAGGUACAGUAUAAUAUCCGCUCCAUUAUUAUUCACGAUUAAUUAAAUAUCCAGACGCGCGGUUAUUGACAUCCUUAAACUCGGAAGAUGCGAUUUUGCGAUGGUCAAAAUGUACAAUAACCUGCCGUAUAUAAUUAUAGAAGCUCUUUUUUCGUCAGUUACUUUACUCUUGUAAUGAUUCGAUGUCGCGAAAUGAAAGUUUGACAGCUUGCGUGACGUUUUCGGUGCCUUUGUUUUCGUUAAAUUCACUCAAAACGAUUAGCUAUCACCAACUCCUGGUACUAUUAUCGGUUAACGAUAAGAUUUGAAUAAUAUCUUGCAUCCCCUUCGUUUUCGUUAUCUUCUUUUUAAAGGCAGAAUUUUUUUUUUUUUUUUAACCGUAUUUUAUCAAAGAUAAUACACCUCGACAGAAUGGCCAGCGGUGCUGUACAUUUGCCAAAAAUAUUCAUCAAUGACAGCCGCAAACAAGAACGACAACGUUGAGUUAUAUCUGGUGCAUGGAGAUACAUACCUCUUAAAUAUUACUAGUACCGUAAAAAUAAUAUUAGUAGUAGUAGUAGUAGUAGUGAUAAUAAUAAUGAUAAUAAUAAUAAUACCAACAACAAUAAUAAUAAUCGAAAUGUCGGAUCGAAUUUUUUCGCAUUAUAAAUAUAGAGCGAAAAUAGCAUGUACGCGAGAAAAGGAACAAGAAAACUGAGAACAUAAAUAUGUGAAAGUAACUUGAAAACGUGAUUGAAUCACAAACGAAGACAAUCACAAACGAUAAUAAUAAUUAUUACUGUUAUUUAGUUCCAUCGAUAUUAUUAUUAUUGUUACUGUUGUUGUUGUCAUUAUCCAAGUUACCUGUAGUUAUGGCGAAAAAUAAUAACAAUAUCAACAGGCAAGACAAAGGUGGGAAUGAAAUGAUAUUUGUUAGAAAAAGAACGUACUUUGUAAUAAUUUAUUGUUUGUAAGAUACAUUGGAAUAUUGGUACAGUAUAUACAUAGUGUGUAUUAUAUAUUAUAAUUAUGAUGUAUAUACAUAUAAUAGUUCUGACCCGGUGUUGAAUAUUUAAAAUUAAAAUCUAUAACUAUAACCUACAUUUAGAUGAUAAUGCGGUAAUGAUGAUAAUGAGUGAAUAAAUCUAUAGAUUAAUUACAUACCGGUGAGCGUAAUGAACGGCAGCCUCGUGUGAUAUUGUUUCUAUGAUAAGUAUGUAGUUCGACAAAUGUUGUAUGACGACGAUGAUGAUAGUAAUAAUGAAGGUAAUAAAGAAAAAAGUGGAGAAAAAAAAAAAAAAAA